UCCAAAAAGCAGAAAACACUCUGCGCUCCUUCAUUUCUGCCAUCCUUCAGCCUGACAGCCAGCUGGAUACUAUCUCCACGCCUACAAGACGUUUCCUUGAUUAUUAUUUUUUUCUCCUUCCGAAUUGACCUGAACACUUUGACUUGGGAGGUUUUCUUAUUUUAUUUGAAAGGACUUCUUUUGAGCCAAACAUCUCUCUCUUUUUUUUUCUUCUUUUUACUUUUAAAACAUGCAGCGGUGCACAGCGGUGGCUCUCGUCUUAUUGGUGGCCUUUUUCUUCCUGAGCGCAGAAGCCUACAAGUGCAGGUGCACCAGAAAAGGACCGAAAAUCAGGUACAAGGACGUCCAGAAGCUGGAGAUCAAGCCCAAGCACCCCUACUGCCAAGAGAAAAUGAUAUUUGUGACGAUGGAGAACGUGUCUCGGUUCAAGGGGCAGGAGUACUGCCUGCACCCCAAACUGCAGAGCACCAAGAACCUGGUCAAAUGGUUCCGCAUCUGGAAGGACAAACACAGGGUGUACGAAGCUUAAACCUUCAGCUGGAUCCACUGAAACGUGAAAAAGAAGACGAUAACACCACCAACAGGACUGUUUUGUAUGAAGUACACAAUGUAAUCUGUACUUCUCUCUCUUCUGCCUGAGAUCAGUCAAUCAAGCACAUUUAAAAAAGAAAAGAUAUAUAUAUAGUUUGUAUAUAAGCUGGUGGGCUCGUUUUAGUCGACCGUCACUCUAGUUCCGCUCACUCACCGCUCCAGACUUCACGAGUCCAGUUCCAUUUGUCAAAAAGAGGACGAGACGCCUCUUUUCCCGAGGAAGCUGUAAGGACAGGCCAAUCAAUAGAAACAGGAGAAACUUUCAUUUCAUUUAUGUCGGUCUUUCAGUUUUCACCCCUGGUGUUUACAGACAGUACUGGUUACACAGGAGGCGGAGUUCUGCUAUGGGUCCAGGAUUAUCCCUGCGUCUGUGCGUACAUCAUAUGUGUCAAACACAACUUUAAUUCUGAUCAAAGUUGAUUUUAGAGACAUCUGUGGUAAUAAAAGUGUAAUUACAGUUGGAUGAAUACCUGAAAGUCAAGUUUAACGUUAAUCUACUGUACUGUCAUUCACCCCUGAAGUGUGGGACCCUGAUUCAAAUCUUGACUGCAGCUGGAAGGGGAUGAAAUCAUGAAAAGCCACUGAAAUAUUUGCAAAAAAACAAAACGAUUUUCCUGACCUGCUCAUAAAAAGUACACAACAGCCAUGAGGAGCAACUGUGACAGCGUGUCUUUCUUUUUCUAUAGCGCCCUGACUAUUUUAUGCCUGUUAAAGACAUCAGGAACAGACACUUUGCCAUUUUAAAGGCCUUAAAAUUUCAUUUCUGUAACUGUAAAUUGUGCAUUAGCUGGAGAUGAUUUAGCUGCAGAUCGAUGUAAUUGGAGCUGUACUAAAUAUUCAAGACAUCAUGGACAUGCCUCACAGUACUGUGACGGUCAUGCAACGCCAUCACGUGCCCCGCUCAUGUCUUCUUAGCAACAAAGUGGUGUGAAUAAAGAAAAAAAUCCUCUAAUAUAGGCUUAGGCUACAAAGGAAAUAUGUAGGGUUGGGUUUAAAUAUUAAAUAUUGUCUGAAUUAUCUGUGGCAAUGGGGUGAGUUUUAGCAAAAUGAGCUUUUAACUGGAGCUCAAUAAAGGACGUGAUUUGUCUUGUUGUUUCUUCUUUAUUUUUACAAUUAAAAGAGAAUAACUUUGCAGUGAAUUCCAACAGUUUAUAUCUAAAUCAAAACCCAAAAUGAAUAGUGGUCGAUCAUUUCACUGUCUCAAUGAUCUCUCCUUGAGUAAAACAAUACUGUCACCUCUGUUAUUUGUAUGAUUUCUCUACAUUUCAAAUCAUUGACUGUUGGGUGUGGAUUUGUUAGCGCCACAUCGGACUCAUAAAACUCAUUUAUACGAGACCUUCACAUUUUCUUUACCUUCUCAAGAAUGUGCAUUACUCUUGUUUUAUAUAAAUAAAUAUAUAUGAUAAAGCAUUUUGUAAAUUGGCCAGUGUAGCCUAUAUGUUAUUAGAUGUUUAUUGUAUUUACUGCAGCAUAGUUGUUGGGGGGUUUUUUUUGUUUCGUUUUUUUUUUUUUUUUUUUUUUUUGCUUCUUUUAUUUUUGCUAUUUAAAUUUUGGGUUGGUAACAGAUUUUUUUGAGGAUGCGUGUGUGUGCGUGCGUGUGUGUGCGAGUGUGUUUGUUAGGAGGGGUGUACACCAUACACACAGACAUUUAAUUGAGUGUAUGACAAUAAACACAGCAAUAAAGUGUCUAUAGAGCAGCUUCUGUGUGUACUCCCAUCAUUACCAACAGCAAGAUGCAAACCGCACAGAUACUGAGGAGAGUCGAACAAGGAAACAUUCUCACUGUGAGGAAAGAGUGCUAACCACUGCACCGCCAUGGGGCCGAACGUACACUUAAAUCAAUAGAAAAUUAUUUUAAAAAGUGUAAAAAAGAAAAAAAUGUAAAAAAAAAAUGGCAUCUGGCUUCAAACUGUA